GGCCCGGUGGCUUUUUUUUAGACACAGCAUUACAAAAAUAUUUCUUUUUUGCUUUUUAUUUUUGUUUGUUAAACUAAUAUUCAAAUGGCUUUCAAAAAGAGGGAACAAGUAAUGCAAUCCGAUUCAGAAGAAGAAGGUCAUCGCUAUGACAGCGAGGAGGAAGAACACAGCGAAAAUGAAUCAGGAUCAGAAGAGGAAGAGAGUGGCGAAGAGGAAGAGGAAGAGGAAGAAUCUGAAGAGGAGGAGGAAGACAAGGAAGCUAAAGCAACCCAAUUAGCUAAUCUUAAAAGAGAUCUCGCUCACGUCUCUUUCGAACAACUUGCCGAAAUUAAAGGAAAGAUGGGCAUGAAGGAAUUCAGCAAUGACAAAGUAGUGAAAAAGAAGUCAACAACAGUAUCCAAGGAACAAAUUUUAAAAGACCUCAAAGGUGCUGCAGUCAAAUUAAAAAAGAACGAUAGAGUUAAACGUACAAAGGCAGAUAUGAAGAGAGAGAGCAAACACAUGCCAAUGGAGGUAUCAUCCAAGCGCGCUGUGGGUCGUUUCAGAGAUGUCGUUCAAUUACCAGCAGAGAAACGUCGUGAUCCAAGAUUCGAUAAACUUUCUGGUCAAUUGAACCAAGACUUGUUUGAGAAAUCAUAUGACUUUUUGAAUGACUAUAAAAAAUCUGAAAUGGACAUGUUAAAGGAAUCGAUAAAAAAGGAACAAGAUCCUGAUGCACAAGAACAUAUGAAGGGUUUAUUGAUGAAAAUGGUGUCUGCUGAAAGAUUUGAGCAAGAGAAAAAGAGAAAGCAGGAACUUUUACGCGAGAGAAAGAAGCAGGAAUCUGAAUUGGUCAAACAAGGAAAAACUCCCUAUUUCUUGAAGAAAUCCGAGAAGCGCAAGCUUGAUCUGAUUGAUAGAUACCAAAAGAUGGGUAAAAAGACUGUUGAUCGUAUCUUAGAGAAGCGUCGUAAGAGAAACACAACAAAGGACAGAAAGCAUUUACCUUUCAACAGAAGAUCAGCUGCAGACUAACUUUGCGGUACACAUCCAUUUAUUAGUUUGUACAAAAAUGGCUAUUCUCUUUUAUUCCAAUUUAGAUGUAAAUGAGAUAAAAAAAAUAUAUAAAAGACAGCUCAAUUGUUCAAAUAA